AUGGGAGCCUGUUUUGUCGUCACAAAGAUCAACCAUUGUAACGGUAGUAAAUUUCAGGAACACCAACCAAGCCGAUUUUCACUGGAAAAAUACUCGGUUGACCCAACAACACCAGACCUCAGGCUCUCUCAAGAUAUACUUGCUUUAAAACUUGUUGCAGACAAAAAUGAGGCACCAUUUAGAGAAUACAAAGGAGAAGCAGGUGUAAACUACGACAAUCAUAUAGUCAGCGGUGAAGGAAGAGUCAAUAAGGAAUCUGAAGAGGCUUCUGAAGCUAUUCAAACAUUACUUAAAAGACCAGAUGUCCAACAUUUAGUUAUAAUUGGGAAAAAAGAUGUCGAUGAUGAAGAGACAGUCAAAGGAGUGGUAGUAAUCAAUGGCUUGGAAAACCAAAUGGAAGAAAAUAAAGAGCCUGAAGAUGAAAAAGGAAAUGAAGCUGUGAAAAUAGUUGACCCAGGAUACCCCUAUCCAACACAACAAACUUUCUUACUUAAAGAAAUGGAGGGCGGAAAUCCUUUACAAACACAGCCACAAACUGUUCAGAAUAUGUCACCACCAGUAGACCCCAUGAGACAAGCUAUUAUGCAGUGGAAAGCCGCCCAGUUUAUGAGACACGCUCUACAAAGUCGCUAUGCACAAGAGAUGCAGCCUCAGUACCCACCACCACAACCUCCGCAGUUCUACCAAACACAGAUUCCACACCCACUGCCACCACCUCCCGGUCCGGUCCCUCAGUUCUCAAUGUACCAUCAUUUGAUGCAACCAUACUGGUUCAACAAUGUUCAACAACUUCCUUAUCCUCUUCUGUAUUUCCACCACUAUCCAUCAGCUCCCGUACCAAAUUACACGCAAAACUCGCAACAACAAGCAAUACAACCCAUGCAGGCGACCAAUAGUACCCCUAAAAAGCUUGAUUCACCACAUCAGUUUCCUCUUCAAGUUGAGACUGACAGGCAGCCGUUGAUACCCCAGCAAGAAAAUAUUGACAUGAUUGUCGAUACUAGCCUUCCAGUUGAACGGGGCUCCCAAGACCAAGACAUAUUGAAAAUCUCCCCUCUUGAUUCAGCAGUUAAAACCAGUGACCGCGAUCUGAUUUUUAAGCUUCUUCAAGCAAAAUCUCAGGAAGUAGCAAAAGACAACAAAGAAAAGGAAGAGGGUGAGAGCAUGCUUGUUGACCAAGAAACUCCAGUAACACCUCGACGAGAAAUAAAUGAUGGUGAUGUUGGAGAGCCAGUAGAUGCAAAAGCAGACGAACAACAAACUGCAAUGGUCAUGAUAGAAGAUAAGUUUCCCAUGAGACCAGCGCAGGCUGUAUUUGGAGAAGAUGCAGUACUAACACAAAAUCAAACAUCGAAUAACCCUGAUACCAUCGACGCUAGAGCUGAUGAAGAUGAAACUUCCUUAGUAUUGAUAGCAGAUACUUUUUCAAGAAAACCGCCAGAAGACAUAGAAGAGACGGAAAAAGUUAAAGCACAGGUUGGCGAGGCUCAGAAUACUUCCGAUCCCCUUGCUUCGUUCUUCAGGUUUUUUGAACAAGAGGCAACAAAAAAGAAUCAGAAUGAAAACAGUGAUAAAAUUGUUGACAGCGACGACAUUGAACGAGGCCGUGUAUUCAAGCAGUUUUUCGAAGAAGCUUUAGAAAGGGAGAAGCUAGAAGGGGUCAAGGAUUACGGUGAUGAAAUUAAGGAAACUACAGAGCAACCAUUCGAUCAGGCAACCGUCCAGUACACAGACUUACAGGAAGACGCGUCAGGGAUGGAAAUCGAGCUUGAUGUUCCGGAGCCAGCAGGAAUAUUCCACGAUGAAAAAACAGAAUCUCCAAAGCGACCAGUGGCUGACGACAGCGAAAGAGUCACAGUGUCAGAUGUGGUUGAUGGCUCGAUUACUCGUUCCCAAUAA